UAUGCACAAUGAUGAUGUUGCAUGUGGAAUACUUACUACACAAUUAAUUAAUUAUAAAAGCAGAGAUUAUCCAUUCGACUUUGGCUACGAUUUAUCUAAAACACCCAGUUUAUGGUGGGGUGUAAUAGAGGAUGAUUACCCCUAUCUUCAGAAUCUUUCAAAUAAUGACAAACUUGAAAUCGGCCUAAUAGUUGAUUUUUCACAUGCAAAUUUUGGUGGGCAAGGUAAUGCUAAAGAAUUAUCUCGUACAACACAAAGAAGUGGUAAUAUGAAAUUUGAUUCUGUAGCAAUUGUAGAAAGAGAAUUUUAA